GCGAACUCGACGCGUCUGCCCUGCUGAUUUAUUUCCUCGGAGCUUGUAGUUAGAAAAAAAACCUAUUGAAAUACUGCACGGUAAAAAACGGUCGUUUCAGGCGACGUUACACUUUGGGACGGGUUUCAAAAGAUCUUUGUUCCCGUCGAGGAAGUGAAUCCGUGGUCGAACGAAAGCGUGUUUGUACCCCGCGUACACGAAUACUUUAUAUCGUGUGCAACCGGAAGUUAAACAUACAUAAUGUUACUGGGUGCGCCGGUUUGUGCUAUUUUUCGCUUCACUGGCAAAUAAAAACAAUGUAAUGAUUAAUCAAGACUCUGAAUGUAAACGUAGAUUCGCGUUCAACGUUGAAUCUGUGUUCUGUUCGAUUGGAAUUUUGGAAAAUCUUGUGAGGCUAUUAUUUUUCAGUUGAUUGUUGUUUUUAUUCGAGAUAUUUUUGCUUUCCCAGAUGUUAACCGUUAGUCGAAAGGGUUGACCUGAAUUCGUUUCACAAAUGUGAGAUAAGAUUGAAGAAAGAAUGUUAAAUUUAAUUUCCGUUUGAUCUGUGAUUUACUGUUCGUAUUUUUUUAUUGAAAGCAAUAAAAGUCGAUCGAAGAGUAAUCUGGUGUCGGUAAUGUAGAAUUUAUGUUAAAUGUUUGUGUCGGUGAAAUGGCGACCAUGAAAGGGACUCUUCUGUUAUCGAUCGAGGGUACGAAGAAUAAAAAUUUCAGGGCGGGAACUGAAUCGAGGAAAAAGUAGGUCAAAUCCUUUCACUUUUAGAAAUUGUGGCGAGACCAUGCUUAAAAAGGAGGAAAUAUCCCGUUAAAUUACUGCGUUUCACGUUCCCGGAGGAUAAACACUGUUUUUCGACGGAUAUCACGUUGUUUGAAAGGAAGCCGCAGUGAAAUCAUUCGUGUAUUUCUUAAGAUUAUCGAGGUUAAUACCUGUACGAAAUGUUUAAUCGAUUGUAAUCAGUGAAAUGUAAACAGUGAGAGUUAUUUUGUAUUCGAAUAUUUUAACGUUCCAUGUCAAAUGUUACCUCUUUCUAGUAAAUUAUUCAGCAAUUAACAAUGUCUAAAAUAAAAGAUAAUACCGUUCAAGUGGUGUUUGUUUCUUUGCUUCUUGAUCUUUUAGCAUUUACUAUGAUACUACCGUUGUUACCGGCGUUGUUAGAUUAUUACAAAGAUGUAGAAAGUGAUCAAGGUCUAUACUUUAAGAUAUUACAUUACAUACAAAGCACAAGGAAAAUAUUUAAUGCUCCUGACAAAGUGAGUACAGUGCUUUACGGAGGCUUCCUUGGUUCCAUGUAUUCGUUUUUACAAUUUUUGGGUUCACCCAUUGUAGGAGCAUUGUCUGAUGUUUAUGGGAGAAAGCCAAUGAUGUUACUUUGUUUAACAGGCAUCAUGUUUUCUUAUUUAUUGUGGGCAUUGUCUUCCAAUUUUACUAUAUUUGUAAUAGCAAGAUUCGUUGGUGGUAUUAGCAAAGGAAAUAUUAGUUUGUCGAUGGCUAUUAUAACAGAUGUCACAUCUCCUAAAACAAGAGGAAAAGCCAUGGCAUUGGUUGGCAUAGCCUUCUCCAUAGGUUUUGUUCUAGGACCAAUGAUAGGAGCAUUUUUUGCUUGGAAUUCAAGUAAUAAUAGAGAAGGAACUUGGUAUAUAAUACCUGCUGUUUUUGCUCUUUUCUUAGCAGCAAGUGAUUUAUGUUUUGUUGUUUUAAAUUUAAGAGAGUCUUUGCCAAUGCAAUGUAGAGCAACAAGUUUAAAGUGUGGUAUAUCCGGAGUUAUUGCUUAUAUUAAUCCUAUAGAUCUGUUUCAUUUUAAUGGAGUAUCUGGCAUAAGUUUGCAAGAUAAAAAUAAUUUGAAAACACUGGGCUAUGUAUAUUUUAUGUACUUAUUCCUUUACAGUGGCUUAGAAUUUACAUUAACAUUUUUAACUCAUUACUUAUUUGAGUUUACAAGCAUGCAACAAGGAUGGAUGUUUUUAGGAAUUGGAUUAGUUAUGGCUAUUUUACAAGGAGGUUGGGUACGAACAAUUUCUCCAAAUAAAACAAAAGCCACAACAGAAUUGGGAUUAUGGUUAAUAAUUCCAGCAUUCGUAUGUAUUGGAAUAGCAGAAGAUCUGCUAUUGUUGUUUAUUGGUGUACUUCUGUUUGCAAUUUCUACUGCUAUGGUUGUUACUUGUAUGAUGACUCUUGUAUCGCGAAUUGGGCCUGAAAAUCAGAAAGGUGUAAUAACAGGUGUAUUUCGUUCUCUUGGGGCAUUAGCUAGGGCAUGUGGGCCUAUUGUAUCUUCUUCAGCUUUUUGGUAUAUUGGAAGUAAAACAACAUAUCUUAUUGGAGCGAUACUUCUUAUAUUUCCACCCCUUGUUCUUCGCAAAAUAGAUUCCCUUUAAAAAGGGAGUGACAAAACAAAGUUACCUCUGGAGACAUUGCACUCAUAUAAGUAUAUAUACAUAUAUAUAUAUGUAUUGAAACAGUAUUUUUAUAUAGUUAAGUGAAUCUUUUACAAUUUUUUAAAGAAAGUAUUUUAUAUAUUUAUUGUAUAUUAAAAGAAUUAUAUAGUUUAAAGUACAUAUGCUCUAGUAU